GUAGGUCCUUUGGGAGAACUACAGUUCCCAGGAUGCCUUUCUUCUCCACCAUGAUGCGGGGGAGGAGCGUCCUAGAGAACCCGGAAGUGUCGGCGGAUUGCUGGAGGCGAGGUGACUUCUGCAGGUUUCCUGGGCCAGAUAAUGGCAGAUAUCCAAAGAAAUCCAAAACAACAAUUAAUUUUUGAGCUUCACAAUUUAGCUGCUAUUGGAGACAAGGCCAGGCUUGUGGCUCUGCUCAGUCAUUCCCCAUCCCUUAUCAAUGAAACUGCAAAGAACGGUUGGACGGCAUUGAUGUUUGCUGCUAGAAAUGGGCACUUUGACAUUGUACAGGUUCUUCUUGAGAAAGGGUGUGACAAGUCCAUAUCCAAUGCGUCAAGCCAGACUGCACUGGACAUCGCUCGGUUUUGGGGUUAUAAGAACAUAGCUAAUUUGUUAGCUAAUAUGAAGGCUGGAAUGGAGCCAUUUUUCCUCAACAGUCAAACCAGAGAGCAUGAAAACUACUUUUGCAGGACAUUUCUGGAUAGGAAGAGUGAGAAGAGGACAGAUGUUAAAUGGCUAAAUGCAAAACAGAAGCUGCCAACUACAGUAUAUGUUCUUUUUUCUAAUUUAAAUCCAUUGGUUGUAUCAGAGCAAGGUGAAGAAGAUAAUUUCCAAUCUCCAAAAGCUAAACUUUUUCGACUUCACUAUAAAGAUGUAAAAGAAUUCCUGGAACACACUGAAACCAUCACAUUGAUUUUUCUUGGAGUAGAACUUGAACUGAGAGGUAGCUUACUUCCAACUUUGAAUGGGAAAGAUUCUAAUGAAGAUGAAGAUGAUGGACUAGUUGCUUGGUUUUCUCUCAGUUUAGAUGCUACUUCUGCUGACAAGUUUGUACAGAAACAUCAGAGCUGUUAUUUCCUUCAGCCACCCAUGCCUGCAUUGUUACAAUUGUCUGAAAACGAAGCUGGAGUCGUUGCCCAAGCUAGAUCUGUUUUAGCAUGGGACAGCCGAUAUCAGUUUUGUCCAACAUGUGGCAGUGCAACCAAAUUAGAAGAUGGAGGCUACAGAAAAUCUUGCUUGAUGGAAGAUUGUGCCAGCCACAAGGGGAUUCACAAUACGUGCUACCCAAGAGUUGAUCCUGUAGUGAUAAUGCAAGUUAUUCAUCCAGAUGGUAACCAUUGUCUUCUGGGAAGAAAGAAUACAUUUCCCCAAGGCCUGUUUAGUUGCCUUGCUGGAUUUGUUGAGCCUGGUGAGACAAUUGAAAAUGCUGUUCGAAGAGAAGUAAAGGAGGAAAGUGGAGUUAAAGUAGGCCAUGUUCGGUAUGUCUCCUGUCAACCAUGGCCGAUGCCCUCCUCCCUAAUGAUUGGGUGCAUAGCAGCUGCAGUGUCUACAGAAAUUAAAGUUGACAACAUUGAACUAGAAGAUGCCUGCUGGUUCAGUAGAGAACAGGUCAUUGAACUUCUCAAUAAAAGGAACAAGGGAGCUUUUGUUGUGCCACCACAACAAGCCAUUGCUCACCAGUUGAUAAAGCACUGGAUUGGAACGAGUGCCAAUCUUUAAAUCAAGGAAGUUUAUUAACCACAGCUGUACGUGCACUUACAUUUUCAAAUUAAAUUGUAUAUUAUUAAUUACCCAUUGUUGUUUAUGCAUCCCAUAAAUUUGGAGUCUGAAUUCUUUACCCCGACCCCCCCCCCCCCCCCCAAAUAAACUUUCAAACUCUUGAGGAUCUGAUACCACUUAUAUUUGGGAGAGUUGGAGAAAAGUGAGAGAAAAGUGGAAGUAGAAAAAGAAUUGAACAAGUCAUAGAACUGAUUUACUUCAGCUUCAUCUUUUAUAGAUGUCAGGCCUUUCCUGCAGAUAGAGUACAAAAACCACAGAUACGAAUUGUGGGAUCCAAGAGGGGGGAAAGUGUCAUGCCAAUUUUAUUAAUUCAUUCAGAUCUGGUUGUUCUUAAUGUUAUUCUUGCUUAGAACAGAUUUUAACUUUCUCAAACUUUCUCAUAGGUGAAAUGAUUCCAUCUAAAGGCUUUCAGCCAUUCUGAAUGGAUAAAACUAUGCUUUCUCUGAUCUUAAAAAGCAUUACAAAGAGUCAGUGUUUUUAUGCAUUGCAGCAGGCCUUUAAAAUUGGCACAUGGAUACCUAUAUUUCAGAUAUUUUUAUAAUUUUAAGAAAGAAGUCUUAUGAUCAAAACUGAGAAGGGCGGCAUGUAAUCAGUAAAGUAUCCUCUCUGGGAUCUCUGCUAUAAGCUAGUGUUCUAAGACUUCCGUAUCAGCCAUAUGCUGCUCUAAAAGCCACUUUGAAGUGAUUACUCAAAGGACAGUGCCUUGGGAUUGUUCUGAACAGAGAAUAACACACUAUUACAUCCUAUUAUUUGUGGAACUGGAGUUCGGGCUGUAUAUACACAGCUCAGAUGAGUAAUAUGACUUAGAAGCAAUAAGCUCCCUCUUGUGAUUGCACAGGUAUGUAAUAGUUUAAACUUGCCAGAGAUUUGGCCCACAUGGAGAAGAAUUGUAACGAUUCACCAAUACUUUUCAGUAUAAUAGUCCUAACAGUGAGAAUAUAGAACGCAUCAUGUUGUUUCCAAAUUUGCCUUUUUUUUUCUGAAAAUGGAAUUGUAGCAAAUUACUCACCACUACUGUGUAUUUUAAAGUUUACAUUUAUGAAUUUUUCUUGUUACAUUCUAUAGUUUGAUGCUGUUUUGUUUUACAUUACAUUGUUACAUAACUGCUGUACAUUGCAAAAUCACAGCAUUUACUGAUCACUUUAAGGAGAUGUGGUUUAACUAAAUUGUUUUAAUAAUGACAAUGUUUUACUAUUUUUAUUUUAUAGGUUUUAAAAUUGUAUAUUUUCUAAGGUUGUGAGUCAGUCUGGAUCUCAGUCACUGAGAUAAAAGAGGGGUACAAAUAAAUAAAUGCCCUAUUCUUCAAUUCUGGAGUUGGAUUGUGUGAGGUUAGUCAAAGAAGCGCACCUUACUCACUGGCAAGUGCUCCUCCCCCCAAAUAUUAAACAAUAUAUUUAAAAUGUUAAGUAGCUUAAAAUAUAAUAGAAGUUCCAAUAUUAUUACUGUAUGCAACUAAAAUGUAUCUUUUAAUAAAAACAAAUAAAAUCAUUUUUGAGGAUA